CUUAUUUAAUCUUUACGGCGUUUUGAGAUCUAAGGAAAGAUUUAUAUGAGAAUCCAGUAAAGAUUUUAAUAUGAUCUGAUGUAAAAUAUUGAUAAGAUUUAAUUAAAUUAAAAAUUUUAUUAAGAACUUACUGAAUAUUUAAAAAUAGAUUAGGAGUAGUUUAUGGUAAUCAUUGGAAAAGGCGAUAUUUUUAAAAAUAUUUCAAAACAAGUUAUUAUCAAGACAAAUGGAAGAAUUUUUAAUAGAUAUUGGUUGAAAAUGAAUACAUUAUUUUAUAUCUUGAUGUUAUGUUUUCACCACACAUUCUCAAAGCAGAUUAAUCAAGGCGAAAUACUCAGCAAAUACGAACAUCCGUUUCAAAUAGAAAAAAGUAAACUUAAUACGAAUUCGUCCUUAUUUACCAAUCAAGUUCAACUGAACUAUAACGCAAAUUUUUUAAAAGAUAACUUAGAAAACGAUAUAGAUAAUUUAGUCACACGAAGUGUUCCACAAAGAAAGAAUAAGAAAAAUUCUUUUAAAAUAUACAAUGAUAAAACUCUUAACAAAACUUUUCGAAAAACCACGGACAAUUUUUCAACAAAAUCCAUUCCUGCUGCAUUCAAUAGGACAUUGACAAAAAAAGAAAAAGUAAGCGAAAAAUUUAUUAAAGAACAACAUUUGCUGAAAGGUAAAGCCAUUGCAUCUGCAGUAAUAAACCAAUUAAAAAAGGCUUCUGAGGACCAGAGAGCUACUUCUAUAUUUCAAAAAGAUUUGUUUUCAACUAAUAUGGUUGCGCAAAAAAACAUAAAAAAUAAACCACGAACAAUCUCAAGGUUUACUGGCAAUGAAGACGACAAUAUAGAUGAUUCGGAUUAUGUUUUAAAAGCAAAAGCAAUAUUAAACCAAUAUAAAGAUAUAGAUAUUUCAGAUGAAGAAGCAGGCGAAGAAGCUCCAAAGGAUAACGAGGACAUUCAAAAUAGUUCAAAAAAUAAAUCUUCUUUGAAAGGUGAAAAAACCUACACAAAAAGUAGCAGUGACGAAGUCUUUGAGAAAUCACCAAUAAAACCUGAUGAAAAUAACAUUUCUAUUACAGAAAAGGUUGAGGCAGUUGAGACAAGUAGUAAAAUAAAACCUGAUGCUGUUGCAAAUGAUAAUAUGACAGUAGAAAACAUAGAUAAAGCAGAAAAUAACGAAGGUAAUAAUUUGGCAAAUAGAAAUAAAAACGAAACACGGAAUAAUGACAGUUCCUUAUUACAAACCCAUUUCACCGAAAAGGAUAUGUUAGAUAAUCAAAAUAAAAGUGAAAAACUAGAAUCGUUAGAGAAUAACGGAGUAAUGUCUCAAGAAAAACCUGAUACAUUAAAAAAAAAUGGAGAAGAAACGCAAGAAAACCAAGAUACAAAUAUGAGAAAUAGAGAAGAGAAACAAGGAAAUCGAGACACAUUGGGAGAAAAUAGUUAUGACGCUCCUGAGAAAAUGAAUUUGCAAAGAAAUCCAAAUCAAGUUAAUAACUUAAUUGAUCAAGUGAACGGCAGUGUUUUAAUAGAAAAUAGCAAUCAGUCGGAAUCUUCCCAAAACGUUUCACGAGUUAAUAAAGCAACAAAUGAAUCAAAAAAUGAAUCACUGCAAAAUGACAGCAGUUUACAAAAAGAGACCAACUUACCAAUCAAUGAUAAUAGUAAUUUAAGAGGAAUACCAAAUGAAGAUCAAAAAACAAACUUGCCUAUAAAUAUUAAUAGUAACGUAGAAGAAAAUAUUAAAGAAGAAAAAACUACAAGCCCUAUAAGUUCUGAAGAUAAUACAAAUUCUGUAGAAAAAUUAGAUGAAAAACAUGACAAUAGUAACACAGUAAAUAGUAACCUGGUAACACAACAUGAAAAUAGUAACCUGGUAACACAAUCUAAUAAUCUUUUAAGCAAUAUAGACAACGAGAAACUUGUAAGUAGUAGUGAUAAUGAAAAACUAAUAACCGACAGAGACAAUCAAAAACUCAUAAAUUAUACAGACCAUGAAAAUUAUGAAAAAGAUCAAUUUAAAGGUUUGAAUUAUCAAAGAAGAAAAAACCAAGAAUUAUAUCAACUUGAUUCAAGUGAAAAUUAUUCGGUAAAAAAGAAACCUAGAAACAACACCUUAGAAUUUCAAAAAGUUGAACCGUUAGAAGGAAAUAAAACUGCAGAUAUUGCAACGUUCAGUGUAACAAAUGUAGAGAGUGUUGCAAACACAGUGCCAAAUGCAAAUGGUGCGACAAAUACGGUACCAAAUAAUGCAACAGUAAAAAGAGGCGCCGCUCUAACUUUUAGUAAGGUUUUUAUACAAGAGAAAAAGCCAUUACUCAAUGAAGAAAGUAUACAAAAAAUAAUAAAAGAAGAAGAGGAAAGUGAAAAAUAUGAUCGGUUGGCCGAUCAACGUGAAACUUUAAAGGUUGAUAUUAAAAACUCCAGUAACUUACCAUUAAAAAAAGUAGAUUAUUAUAAAGCUAUAUUAAAACCUGAAAUUCCAUUAUUUAAUAAAAACAAAUAUGCCACUCAAGAAGACGACGCCUUUUUAGCUAGUCCGAUUUCGGACCCAUCAGCACAAAGAGAAACUUCUAAAACAAAUAUGCAAAUAAAAAAUAGUUUUAACUUUCAAAAGAUUGAUCCUUUAAAACAACCUUUAUUUCCUGCCAGUGAUGUAAAGGCCGAUUCACGUGAAGAUUCUGCAGAAAAAGCAUAUGCUUCUUUGGAUGGGGCAAUUUCAGAACCUUAUUUUAAUAAAGAAAAUAAUUCAAAAAACAUCAAAGAAGAAGAAAUCUACGCCAGCAUUGACAAUUCGUUAACUAGAAACAAAACAAGCGAAGAACUUGAGCGUGCAAAAAGUAAUUUACUUUCAGAAGAGACUGAGGAAUGGAGAAAACAUAUUUAUAAAGAAGUUGACGAUCCUAAGCUUAAACAUAAAAACAAAAAAAAGAUAAUUGCAUGGGUUCCAGCAAAAAUUGUAAAAGACAAUACGGCAUCGAAGAAAGAGCGUCUUUUCAGAAAAAGAAAUAUGCUUAAGUUAACCCCAAUUGAAAAAAAAAUGGCAGAAAUCCUAAUUAUUGAAGGUCGCAAUAUAAAAAAGUUGCAUGGAAAAAACUUGAAAUAUAACGAUAUAAUGCGUAGCCAUACUAAACGUAACCAUACAAUUGAAAACAAAAAAAAUUUCAAGAAUGUUUUUUCAAAUGUAAACAAAACUAUUACCGAUAAAAAGCAUUUUAAAAAUGAUGUCAAUAUCAAAGAAAAAAACGGGACAUCUAAUGUUACAUUUGCCAGCGGGAAAUUUCAAGCUAAUUAUAUGAAGUUUGGAAAGCAACCAAUCGUUGAUGACAGUCGUAUUAAAAAACCUAUAAGUUUGAUCGUUAGUAAUUUAAAUCAAUUUAAAGUUUAUAAAAAUGAAGGUAAGGUUCAAGCUAAUAACCAUACUGUUCAAACCAAAAUAAGCAGAAAUAAAAACGCAAAUCGAACUAAAACUGAUUUUGUUAAUAGUGCAAAUCAAAUCAAAACAGAUGUUAAUAACUUUAAUCAAUCGAACGUUUUCGAAACUGAUGUUUAUGAAAACCAAAAAUGCUCGUUAGAUGAUUAUCUUUGUCAUUCUAUUGAUACGUCGCUAAAACGCGAAGAAAUCCUUAAGCAAAGAAAAGUUAUUAACGAGGGAGAAUUAAAAAAUGUAGAACGAUCAACUGAGCAAACGAUAGAUAGUACAAUUGAAAGUUCUAAAAAUAAAUUAAACGACACAGUCAACAUUAAAGUAGCUAAAGCAGAGCCUGAGUGGUACAAUCAGUCCAAAAAUAAAAAUAAACUACAAGAGUUAAAUGAAGUAAGAGAUAUCAACAAAAAGAUAGUUAACAAUAAUAGAGAAAACGAUAUUAUCGCAGAAGAAAAAGAAAAUUUAGCAAGUAAAUCGGAUGACAGUUAUGACCAAAGAGUUGAAGCAAGUAUUGCUACAACAAAAUAUAGAGAUUAUAUUGAUGACGGAUAUAAUAACCAAACAAUAAAUAAUCAAACCACCACCAAGGAAAACAAAAUAAACGCAAAUGAAUCACCCUCCAAUAUAACAAUAAAAAAAACUGACCAUGAUAGUUUCAUGAAAAAUAUUCAAGCAAUUAACUUAUUCAAAGAAAACAAAAAAGUUCAAAACAUUUUGAAAAACAAUGAUAUUGCAAUUUCUAAUAAAAAACCAAAAGUAGAAAAUAUUGUCCAUGUGUACAUAGAAAAACGUCCAAUAAAAAAAAUCAGUAAACACCUAACUGUUACAAAUGAAAAAACAUUAACACAUUUUAACAAAACGCUUACAAACCAUAAAAAAAGUAGAAAACACUCAUUAGCUAGUAAAUUAACUGAAGAUGAAAUAGAAAAGUUAAUUGUUGCUGCAAACGCUCUCAAAAGCAUUGACAUAAACAGUCUUGUAAAUGGUGUUAAGCAAAAGCACCACAAAAAGGUUUUCGAAAACAAGCAUUAUAAAAAGUUACGACACAAACAACUUUUGCAAAAAGAUUUAACACCGGAAAAUCUUGUUGAAACUGGAGAAAAAGAAGCGGCGACCAAAAACAUAGAGAUCAAAUCUGGCAGUGUAGAACCACAUUUGAUGAAUGUUACGGUUACCACAGACCAACCGUUUUUUAAUGCAAACAAAUCAAUGUUUAUCGAUCAAGCUGAAAAAUCAAUUUCAGACAAGAAAAUACCAUUUCUAAACACGACGGAAGUCAAAACUUCAAACACAGGCCAAACGCUAUAUGAUUCAUAUGCUAUAAACAGAGAGACACAACUUCUAACUGAAACAAAAGAACAACCUGUAGAAAUAUAUAAAAAAAAAGCAAAAGCAGACGUAAAAAAAAUGGUUGAAGAACAACUGUUGCUAGCCGAGAAAUUUAAAGCCGAGGCUGAAGAGCAAGUUGAAGGAAAAGCUAAUGAAAGUAAGUUAAUGCAAGAAGACAGAGGGGAAGUGCUUACAGAACAUCAAGGGAAGGGAGAACAAGAAAAAUCAGCUGCAUUACAGAAUGAAGCUCUUGCUGAGCAAAAUAUACGAGUGGCUGAACUUCAAAUUGAGAAGUUACAAAAUGAUGAGAAGUUAAAAAAUGAAUUUAAAAGUCAACAAAAACACGAAGAUACUCCCAUUUUAGAAACCACGUACUUAAACACCAAUAACGAUAAAGAAAAGAAAAUAGCAAGCAACAUUAUGUCCCCAAUUCAAACAGAAACAACGGAACUACUCAAAAAACCUAUUAGUAAGUUUAAUCCUCAUGAAAAUUUUGUAGUUUUGGAUUCAAAAUUGAACGUACCUAUUCAAGAUGUUUUAAAAAAUAUUGAUAAAAAAGCACCAAUUGUAAAAAUUAAAGAAGAUAAAAAAACACCGCCGAAAUCCCUAAUAGAUCCGGAGGGUAUUACAAACGUCUAUACUAUUUUGCAGAGCAAUAUUACGUCAGUUCUUUCAGAUACCGAUAAGCCUUUACAAAAAGAGUCUUCUGAAGCAGAAAAAUCUCUUAAACAACCGUCUUCUGAAACAGAAAGUCUUUCAAAAUUAAUUCGUUUAAUGAACUUAGAGGAAUUCAGCUUCAAUCAAAACAAAGAUAACACCACUUCACAAAAUUUCACAUUAGAAAACGAAAAAACCAAACUUUUAACAGAUUUUAAAAGUCCUGUUAUUGUACCUCAAAAUAACACUUCUAUUGUUAUUAAAAACGUAUCAAAUGAUUCCAAUUUUACCUCAUCGUCUCAAUUUACAAAUGUAGAACAUAAUAAUAUUUUUUCAAAUACAAUGUUGGAAAAAGAACUGUUAGCUUUAGUUCCUUCUACAAAUGCUAUAUAUCAUCCGAGAAAAAGCCCUACAGAGGUUUUUGUUUCAAGCGUUGAAGAUGUACCAGAUAGUGGAGCAUCAAUAAACGGAGAAUCAACAAUUGGAAAAACAACAACAGAAGGUGGAUCAACCAUCACUAUGGUUGGCGCAUCAACCACAAAUGGCGCUACAAACCUUGGUUCAACAGCAACAGAGAGUAACGGAAAAACUGUAUCAAAUGUGAAUCAAGCCACAUCUAUGAUAAAUGAAAGUUUCACACAAUGGAUAAAAUUUCCUAACGCUACGGUUAAUUCCAGUAAGUUGUUUCAAACGAAAAAUGAGUCCUCAAACUUAAUUCCAUCAAUUCUUGAAAAUGCUCUAAAAUCAUCUCCUGGCGAAAACCGCAAUAUUGAAGAUGAAAACUCUAAUUUAGAGAAAACAGAGAGUAUUGACUUUAUAAACCCACCAAUUAAUAUAGCACUUCCGGAUCAUGUAGCUAAAUCCAAAUCUAGAGAAACCAAGCCGUUUCAUCGUGGUGCAAUGUUGCUCUUGCCAGCUGUAGAAAAAGUAGCAAACUCAAUAUUGGAACAAAAACCCAAUGAAAUUACAAAAAACCAGCAACCAUCUGAAGAACAAAACUCCGUGAAAGAGCUUACAAAAGAUGUCAGUGGUGCCAUGGAAGAAUUAGAAACAUUGAUGAAAAAAAAAACUGAAGAAGUUAACAAAAUUGUUAGACAGAAUGAACAUAAUCCCUUAAAAGUUGGUCGUUCUCACCAGACAUCACAGGGUGUAGAUAAUGUAGAGAGUGUUGAAUUCAAUGCUAUUAAAUCCGAUCGACCCACAGAUUCUAGUUUGAUAUUAGCUCAAGAUAAAACAUAUAAAAAUGAGUUCUCAACGUUGUUAAGCAAACGAAAUAAAACAGUAGAGUAUCCUCAAGAGGAUGAUUUUGGUAAAGUUCAAUACGAAAAUCGAUUAAAAAUUAAAAAGUUUAUUCAAAACCUUAAAAGCAAAUUAAAUGGCGAGGAAUUAAAAAAACUGGUUAAAGCCAGCGAUCUAUUAACAAGAAAACUAAAAAGUUUGCGAGAAGAAGUUCAACAAGGUCAAUUUAUAAAAAAAAAUACAACACAAAAAUGGGGUGAUUCUUUAGAUGAUACUAAAGUAAAUAAUAAUCAAACCAUUGCAGAUUUGGACAAAAAUGAAUUUAAGAUUAACGACUCCAUUCCAAAUAACAAAAAAAAAAUAGUGUCUAAUGAAAAUGAUGUUCAAAAGAUCCAAGCAAAUUAUAGUACAACAGAAACGAAUACUCUUACAUUAAACGAUAGCACAGUGGAACCCAGAAAUAGCACAGAUAAUUCUAAGAUCAAACACGAUAAAGCAGCAAUUAAUUUUUUAUCUUUGACCACAGAUAAUAAAUAUUUUAUAUCUGGAUUACCCUAUUCUAAUAAAUCGUUUGUUGCAAACGAAGAGAUUGAUAAUGAUUUAGCUAUUCGCAAAUAUUUAAAAGAAAAUAUUCGACAACACAACGUACCAACAUUGUUAGCAGAAGAGCCUGCGAGUGAAAUUAUUAACGAAAUUAAAACGGACAUAUUGAAACAAAAACAUAUUAACGACGAAAUGGAAAAACAAAAUAAGUUAUACUACGCUAAUAAUUUAACUGAUUCAAGCGAUAGCGAAACAAAGAAAAUAAAAAAUGAAACAAUUGACGAAGCAGAAGAAGUGAGCAGUACACAUGACACACCGACACUCUCCGUAUCAGCAACACUUUCAAGAUUUGGAAAGUUAAAUAACUCUGGUAAUGACCAAGAAUCAGGUGAUUCCCCUGCUGUAAAAUACUCAAACAAGAGAUUCAAUGACUCAAUAAAUAUUUUGCCGACUUUAAGAUAUUUAAGAGAGAGAUUUAAUAAUUCAAGUGAUUCGUCAAAUCUAAAGUAUAUAAGUGAGACAAUAUAUAAUUCAAACGAUUCAUCUGUUUCAGGAUACUUAAGCGAAAAAUUAAAUAAUUUAAGUGACUUGCACGCUCUAAGAUACAUCAGUGAGAAAUUAAAUAAUUCGAGUGAUUUGCAUGAUCAUAACAUAAGGGCAAAUUUGAACAAUUCGAAUGAUUCGUCUCUAUUAGGAUACUUAAGUGAGGGAGAUUUGAAUGAAACAAACAAUGCAAGCAGAAAUUUUUUUCUUAACAAACUUAUCAUGGGAAUAAACUUACCCGAACUUCAAAACGAUCUAGAUCAAUUAUCUGCAAUCAAUAGUACUUUUGGUAAAGAUGUGUACCAAAAUUCAACUCCGACAUCAGACGAAGUUUCGAAACAGAAUGAGACUGUCUUUCAACACGUUAAUAAUGGAUUUACAAUAAUAGAAAACUCAUCCAACAGCGAAGUGGCUGACUCGUUGAUUAACCAAAAAACAACUAUUGAUCCAUAUUCAACAUUUAAAAGAGGAUACGUUGGUAAUAAAAAAUCACUUAUGUCAAGACCAAAUUUAAGUAAAAUAGAUCGCAAAAUGAAAAAAAAUUUAUUCAACAAGAAAUAUAUAUACCCUCUUGGAAAAUUCCAACAAAAACUCGACCUUGGCACAAUGAAUAAAAAAGUGCUUCAAAGAAACUGGGUUAUUUCUAAUCGAAAUCCAAUAUUAGUUCCCCAUAAAAAUAUAAAUAACUAUUUCGUAAAAACCAAUCCUAUUUUAAAAAAUGUUUUGCGAAAGCCGUUUCGACAAAACAUCUCAAAAAUACAACUUCAAAAUCAAUAUCUUCUUAAAUUGCGCGAACAACAAGCUAUACAAAAACAAAGAGCAAUGGCAGCUAAGCUACAUGCUCAACAAAACGCUUACAAAUGGAACCAAUACAAAGCUGCUUUGCUGAGACAGCACUUUCAGCAACAAGCUAAAAAACCUAAUUUAUACCAACAGUACUAUAGCCCGAUUCUUCCUCAAUAUUAUGGACGUAUUGGAAAUGAGAGAAUGACUGUGUUUCCUAAUAUAAGAGUAUCCAGAGGACCUCAACCCAUAAAACCUUCGUUUUUAUACGGAAUAUAAGUACCGAUUAUUUGAUGGAUUUUUUAUAUAAACCUUUUUUAUUGUAUUUUUAAUAUUUUUUUAUAGCAAAAGUAAAAUAGAAAAUAUCUUCUUGUUUAA